CUGGUUUUCUCACUGAUCAAGUGAUCAUGGAGGUCUGGUGCGUUGUCGUGGUUUCCCUCCUUCUCUGCCUUUUCAUCAGAGCUUUCUUCAACCUUCUCCCUACCUCUCCCUCCCUUCCUCCCCCUCCUGGCCCUUCUCGCAUUCCCAUCGUCGGUUCCUCUAUCUUUCUGCGCAGAUCAUUCUCUGAGCUCGAACCUUUUCUCCGAAACCUUCGUGCCAAGUACGGUCCAAUCUUCACUCUCCCCGUCGGCUCUCGUUCUGCUAUAUUCAUCGCCGAUCGUUCUCUCGCCCACCAAGCCCUCAUUCAACACGGCGCCGUCUUCUCCGACCGCCCCAAGUCCCUCCCCGCCGCUAGGAUCAUCAACAGUAACCAGCAUAACAUCAACUCUGCUCGUUACGGCCCCACAUGGCGAACUCUUCGUCGCAACCUCACUUCCGAGAUGCUUCACCCGACCCGGAUCAAAGCCUUCGCGGGUACCCGAAAAUGGGUUCUGGACGUGCUCUUCAAUCGCCUCAGGUCUGAUUCGGAAUCAAGCAAGUCCAUUAAGGUGAUUGACCAUCUCCACUAUGCUAUGUUCUGCUUGCUGGUGUUCAUGUGCUUCGGCGAGAGGUUAAACGACAAGCAAGUCAAGGAUAUUGAAUAUGUUGAGCGUCGUUUACUUACGAGCUUCUCCAGAUUCAAUGUGCUAAAUUUCUGGCCAAGGGUUACGAAAAUAUUGUUCCGCAAGCGUUGGGAAGAACUGUACCAGAUUCGGAAGGAACAGGAAGAUGUGUUGAUUCCACUAAUAAGAGCGAGAAAGAAAGCCAGGGAAGAGGAGAAGAACAAAACCAAAGAGGACAAUAGCAACAGAGAUGAAGUUACAGUGUCAUAUGUGGAUACGUUGUUGGAUUUACAGUUGCCUGAGGAGAAACGCAAGCUUGAAGAAGGUGAGCUGGUUUCUUUAUGUUCUGAGUUUCUGAAUGGAGGGACGGAUACGACGGCUACCACUUUGCAAUGGAUUAUGGCAAACUUGGUGAAGUAUCCACAUAUUCAGGAAAGGCUUGUGGAGGAAAUAAGAGAUGUGGUGGGUGAGAGAGAGGAGAAGGAAGUGAAAGAGGAAGAUUUGAUCAGAUUGCCAUAUCUUAAGGCUAUAAUUUUGGAAGGAUUAAGGCGUCACCCACCUGGGCAUUUUGUGUUGCCACACGCAGUGACAGAUGAUGUGGUUUUGAAUGGUUACUUGGUGCCUAAGAAUGGGUCAGUAAAUUUCAUGGUGGCUGAAAUCGGAUUGGAUCCGAAAGAGUGGGAAAAUCCAAUGGAAUUCAAGCCAGAGAGGUUCUUGAAUGGGGGUGAAGCAUUUGAUAUAACGGGAAGUAGAGAGAUCAAAAUGAUGCCUUUUGGAGUUGGAAGAAGGAUAUGUCCGGGUUAUAAUUUGGCUCUGCUUCAUUUGGAGUACUUUGUGGCUAAUCUGGUAUGGACUUUUGAGUGGAAGUCUUCAAGUGGUGAUAUUGAUCUGUCAGAAAAACUGGAAUUCACUGUAGUAAUGAAAAAUCCAUUACAAGUUCAUAUAUCUCCGAGGUCUUAAACCUAUCGAGUGGAACUUCUAUGUGUAUAUAUUUAAUGAUACAAGGAAUAUAGUGUCACCUACUUUAUGGUGUUCUAGCAUUAGUGAUAUUUGGAUGUAUUCUUCAGACAACAGAUCAUUUACAGAUUAGUGUUUGUAUUUCUCUUUCUACGUAGAUGAAGAUAGUGUUGUAGAAGUUGAUUUUAUACGCAGAUCAUCUAUAUAUUGAUUGGCACAGAAGCUGAAUCUGUGCUUUACUUUGAGAA